AUGAUCUGGGAGACACACGAAGAGACUUUGGUGACUGCCCAGUCGGUAGGCUGGAUGGCGGAGGAUCAGGGCUGGGCGAUAUUGACGGGACUUGGACAAUGGGCCAGUGCUGCGCCAUCGGACGAGGCUCUGGAUGCUACGCUGCUAGAGGAGAAAAGCCAGGGUCGAGCCAGGGAAAAACAGGCAAUGAUGACUGCUUAG